UAACACGGAAGUCUCGUGAGGCGCUCAGCUCCGCUCCUCGUAAAGUUUGCGGCGUCUCGCUCUGGGACCGAGCCGCCAUGGAGGCCGUGUGGGCGGACAGGCUGGCUCUGUUCUCCCGCGGCCCGGCCGCCUUCCUGUCCGGGACCACCGCCGAGGCUUUCCUGGCCGAGCUGCUGCGGGAGCUCCGGGACGACCGGGCCGGCUUCAGCCUGAAGCUGCUCCUGCUGUCCCCCCUGUGCGAACACCCGGCCCUGCUGUGCCCCUCGGACUGGGUGGGGGAGGAGACGGCCCUGGACCUCAUGUCCGUCUUCUCUCAGUGUCCGUCCAGGUGUGUCCAGUUCCGCUGCCAGCUGCUGGUGGCGCUCACCUCGGUGCUGGUCUGCACGUCCUGCGCGGCGGCCUCUUCCCGGGCGUCCCAGGACUUCGUGGACCUGCUCCUGCAGGCGGCUCAGGACUCCCAGGCAGACGGGUCGCAGCGCCCCCUCCAGGAGACGGCCUGCGAGUGCCUGCGGGAGCUGGAGGCCUGCUGCCCCGGCCUGCUGUCGCAGCGCCUGGAGCUGCUGGGGGGGCUCCGGCAGAGAGAGACCUCCCGGCUCCACCAGGCGCUGGCCGGGGUCCAGGCCGCGGCCCUGAGGAACGCCGUCUAUCGGCUGAGCCGGGACGGCGCGGCCGGGGCCGGGCACCUCAAGGCCCUGCUGGGGGCCGGCGCGGCGGCGGCGUGGGAGGCGGAUCAGGACUCGGGGGUGACGACGGACCCCGCGGCGCUGCGCUCCCUGGUCCGGGGGCCGAUGGGAACCGUCCCCACCCUGCACACCGGGCCGGACUGCAAGGAGCUGCGGUCGGCCGUGUCCUCGCUGCUGGAGGAGUCCUACCUGCUCACCCCGCUGUGCCAGGCGGCGCUGCUGCACCGGCUCACCGAGGUGGUGGCCAUGGCGCCCGGGGUCCCGCCGGGCGUCUUCAGGGCGCAGCUGCUGCGUCUGCUGGGGACCGCCGAGGUGUCCCUCCUUCACGCCACCCUGCUGAUGAAGAGCGCGUUCACCGACAGCCUGUUCAGCGCCGAGGACGAGGCCUUCCUCCUGCGGCGGCUGGUGGUGCUGGCCCAGCACCCCCUGCUGCCGGCGCCCCAGAAGCUCUUCUACACCGACUGCCUGCUGCACUUCCCCGAGAACCGGCCCAUCGGCUGCGGCGACGGCGAGGAGAGCGUCCCCGUGCUGCUGACGCCGCGCCUGGCCGCCGUCCUGGCGCCCACCGUGUUCAACGACGGCGCCGCGCUGCUGUCCAGGCUCAACCUGCUGUGCCUGGUGUGCCUGGAGGAGGACGAGCAGGGCGGGGACGGCGUGGGGCUGCCCUACCUGUACGAGCACCUGGGCUCGCUGCUGCGCAUCGUGGAGAGCGGCGGCGGCGGCAGGGAGGUCGUGGUCACCUUCUUCAGAGCCGCCUUCCUCUUCCUGUCCUACUUCCACCACGUGGAGCGGUUCUCGUCCGGCCUGACGGAGCGGCUGUGCCGGCUCUACGUCAAACACCCCCGGCUGGCGCCGCACCUCAUCAACCUGGCGGACCUGACGCAGGAGCGGCUGCCGGAGUGCCGCUGGGCCUCCGGGCUGCUGGAGGCGCUGCAGAAGGUCAUCGUGGACGCGCCGCUCUCGCAGCUCACGCCGCAGGACCUGAGCCGCCACCUGAAGACGCUGGCCCGGGUGGCGGAGGAGGCCGGAGUCCCCCAGCGCGCCACGCUGCGCUUCCUCUCCGCCGUCACCUCGCCCUCCGGCGGCUGUCCGGGCGUCCGAGGCGACUGGCGCCUGGGGAACGGCGUGCUGGCCGUCUGCCGCCGCCUGCUGGUGCACCCCGGCCUGGACUCGCUGCUGCUCCCGCUGGCCGACGUCCUGCAGCACGUGGCGUCCCGCCACGGCGACACGGACGUCCAGGACCACGCCCGCCUCUACUACACCCUGCUCACCACGCUGUCCCGGGACAAGCUGGCCGGCGUGCUGGCGGACGGCGCCGGGCGCCAGGUCAAGAAGCAGGCGCUGUCCUCGCUGGUGGCGGAGAGCGAGGCGCUGACGGGGUCGCUCACCGUCCUCCAGACGGAGACGCCGGUCUUCAGGCUGACGGAGGUGCGCCCGGAGCCGGGGGCGCCGGCGGGGGAGGGCCAGGCGGACCAGCACCCCGGCGACGCGGCGGCGGCGCUGGAGGCGUACAGGGCUCAGUUCUCCGACGCCGGCUUCGCCUCGGACAUCACCCUGCGGUACGAGCUGCGUCACGCGGACACGGCGGACGCCGCCUUCAGCCGGCUGUUCAGCCUGCGGCUCCACUUCGACCGGACCGACGCCCACUACGAGGCGCUGCCGGACGCCAGCGUGCCCUGCCUGUUCGGGGACCGGCCGCCGCCGGCGCUGCGGCUGACCGUCCGGCCCCGGCGGCCGCGGCCCACCACGCUGCGCGCCAGCGCCCUGUUCAGCACCGCCGACGGCCGCACCUGGCACGGCCCGCUGCCCGACGUGCCCGUGGCCUUCCGCCAGACCUUCCUGCCGCUGCCGGCGCCGCCGUCUUGGAGCCGCGGCGACAGGUCCCGGCUGUUCGACGGGCUGUGGGAGGAAAUCCUUGCCGCCGACGACGACGACGACAGCGGCGGCGCCGACAGCCUGUUCUGCUGCGGCCUGGAGGAGGCCGCCCUGGACGCGCUGGUGGAAAGGCACUUCCUGUCCUUCCUGGUGACGGACCCGGCCCGCGGCGACCCGGUCAAGGUGCUCCUCUUCCUCCCGCCCGCCUCUCACGUCCUGAUGAAGAUCCGGUCCGAGGAGGACGCCGCGCACUUCCACAUCGCCACGGACGACUGGCAGCUGCUGCCGCACAUGAACUCCUUCCUGCUGUCCAUCACUUCCUGUCCGGCCUCCAGCUGACCGCCGCCGGCGUUUUAAACCAACCAGCACUUUUAAUGUUACAUUUACAAUAAAUCAGUCAAUUAGAUUGUCACUGCACUUGAAAUCAAACUUAUGUUUAAAAGAAUUUACACUUUGUAACUCGUUCACCGUGGAGGCAUUAAAAAAAGGCACAUUUCAUGAAGCGAUGAAUGAAAGAGAGAAAGGCUGAAGUUUGGUUUUUUUGGGAGAUGGUUGAAACCACAGCGCUAAAUAAAAUCUGAAUCAAAUAAAAACUUGUUCACAUGAUGCCUUCCAGUGAAAACGCAGCUAACGUGUUGUGUGUAGUUUCGUGGCAGCAGACAGCAGCACCCUCUAGUGGCCCAACAUGAAACUAAACGCCGCUGUUUCACUUGAAACAGGACAACGAGCCUCAAAGCCCUGAAAGCUGUCAGGAUGAGUAAAAACCGGCAGAGAAACGUUCACGAGGAACGUCGAAACAGAUCCUGAAAUUAAAGGUGAGCUGUUCAGUCUGUGGCCUCUAGGGGCGCCGAGGUGCAACAUCUUCCUGCUCUUCAACGGCCAAUUCAUGUAAAUAUUUAGGUGGUUGCAAGUGCCCAAAAAACUGUCUUAAGUCAGACUAAAACUUUACAGGCUCAAACAAUCUGAAGAGAAGAUUUACUCUUCAUUCGUUGUUUCCAUGAUAGUUUUCUGUUUAUUGAGUUCAUACGUUGCAGACGUCUCGCCUCUGUCAGACUGAAGAAAACACAAAAAAUCUUUUCUCUCAGGAUUCUUUAUUCCAGGACAGGUUUUCCACAACAGUUUAUAGAGCAGCAUCCUUCACGCCCCGGGCGGAAGAGGAAAGGAUUUUCUGAGAAUAAUUUUGGGGAAAAAAAUAAAGGAUGAUGCCAGUGUUGUGUGAAGUCUGGAAACUCUUUAGAUCUCAGCUAAAGCAGAUCCAGUAAAAUAAGGAAAUCUGAUAAUAAAUAAGACUUCUGUGGAAUUAAAAGAACUGUCAGUUUAACUGACUGGAAUCAUCAGAUCACUGAUUCUCUUCUUCUGUCCUCCCCGUUACUUGCUUAAU